AUGCUGCUGAGGAUCAGCAUGCUCGCGUACGUCGUCCUCCAGUUCAUCGCGUUCUUUUUCGUGCUGGUGGGUACGCCGAUCGACAUGUUCCGCCAGUCUCCGGUGUUAAUACCGGAGGCGGCGUGCCUGACGCUGUGGGGUUCGAAGGUGAGUUGCUCUGCAGUGCGGUACGAUCUCACCGCGUACAAUUAUUGGUAUUUAUGCCCAAAGUCCCGGCAGCGCUGGCGUAGUGCGGAGUUAUUUGCCAUCCUAUCCAUAUUCGUGUACGGCACGGCGGUUAUUUUUGGCUACAUGAGGGUCUACUUCUGCGGUUACCUCCGCUGGGUCUGCCUGGCGCUCAACGUUGCUGGCAUCAUCACCCUGGGCAUCGUCUGGGGACUCGUGGUGUACGUCUACCACGUACCGGAGAGCAUAAAUUGCAUCAGCCUCAAGGAUUUUCGUUACCAUUUUGGUGCCGGUCUGGUGCUCUUCUUGAUCGCCUGGUGCCUGAACAUCAUCAACAUCGUCUUCUUGAUGAUCCCGUGCGAGGCUAGCGUUUCUAUUGAACCCUUAGAGCACGAGCUUUCCGUACGGCCCAAGGUGCCGCCUAUGAAGUGA